AUGGAAUUUUGGCGCCAAUUUCAUGAGCAACAAACAGGGUCUUUCUUCCUCCUCUCAUCUUCUUCAGACCCCAACUUGAUCGACCAUACUCAAAAGAUGGAAUUGGAAGUGAAUUCAGACCCAUUAAGGGAUUGGAAAUUGCAGUCGAAUUGGUACUCUCCAACUCGACUCCAUUGCAGCCCCGUCGAAUAUGAUUUUCCGGGCGAUCGUUUCAUACCUAACAGGAGUUUGAUGGAUCUUGAUCAAGCCUACACCCUGUUGACCAACAGAACCAAUUGUUCUACCAGAUGCAAUUUCAGUGCCGGAUACCGUAGAAUAAUGGAGGAAAAUCUGACGUUGGAUAGGGAAGGAAGACCCUUUAGAAUGCUUGUUUUCAGAGGAAGCCCGAAAUCGAGUAGAAAAUCAAUCCGAUAUAUCGAUGAACUUCGUAACAGUGAUGAAGAAUUAUUCAACCAUAACAUCAGCCCAAACCAACAAAGAAAAUUCCCCAAGAAAGAGAGUAGAAUACUCGAUGCUCCGUAUCUAAAGGACGAUUUCUACAUGAACGUAAUGGAUUGGGGGAAGAACAACAUUCUUGCGGUUGCUUUGGGUCGAGAUUUGUACCUCUGGAAUGCUGUGAAUGAAGGCAUACAUCAUCUAUUUAAAUCCAACAGCGUGAACGACCAUCCUUCCAGCGUUUCGUGGUCUCAAGACUGCAAAACACUGGCAGUUGGUCAUUCACGCUCUCAGAUCCAGCUAUGGGACACACACGCUUACAAACUCAUCAGAAGACUAGAAGGUCACCAAACAAUGGUAGGAGCAACUUCAUGGAAUGGCCACAUUUUAACAUCAGGCAGCAGUAAAGCUAUUAUGAAUCAUGAUGUGAGGGUCAGAAACAGUUUGGUGUCGCACGUGAAGGCACACCGGAGUCGAGUUUGUGGCUUGAAAUGGUCGAUGACCGGCAAUUUACUAGCUAGUGGUGGUGAUGAUAACAUUGUGUACAUAUGGGAAGCAUCGAGGAUGAACUCAGCCCGGUUCGUCCACCGGUUCACGAACCAUGAGGCUGCAGUCAAGGCUCUAGCUUGGUGCCCUUAUAACUUUCAAGUGUUGGCAUCUGGUGGUGGCACAGAUGAUGGGUGCAUUAAGUUAUGGAAUACUCAACAAGGGACUUGUAUUACUAGUGUCAACACAGAAGCACAGAUUUGUGGGCUAGAAUGGAACAAACAUUAUAAGGAGAUAGUAAGUGGGCAUGGGUUCAGCACAAGCAAUGAACGCAAGAAUACGUUGUCGUUAUGGAGGUAUCCUUCGAUGGUUAAAGCGGGUGAGUUAACGAGCCACUCGUCGCGGGUCUUGCAGCUGGCGCAGAACCCAGACGGGCUGACGUUGGUGUCGGCUGGUGCGGAUGAAACGCUUCGGUUUUGGGAGAUUUUCGGGCCUUUGCCACCGGUUAAGAGACGGUACAGCAUCUUGUCGUCGAAGGCAUUUCCUAUAAGAUGA